UCCUGAUACUAUCGUCACAAAGACAACAAAGCAAAAGGUAAUGUGAGAAGCUGUAUGGACUGUGAGAUCUGAUCUGACAACUAAAAGGGAACUUAAGAGACAAAAGCUGCAGUUCCACAGUCAAAGGUUUCUGAGCAGCUACGCCAACAUAUUUCGUGAUGUCAGAUCCUGAGGGCAACCCCAAUCCUCCCAGCUAUGAGGCUACAAUGAGCAACAGUGAACCCACAGCUCCGAUGUCUGAUGUGCCUUUAACAAACAUCCUCAAGAAUGAGAGUCCUCCACCCCCUGCAUAUUAUCCCCCUAACCCAGAUCCCUCCUGGAGUCCCUACAGUGUCAUCCCACCAUGGAGUGUGGACAACAUUACACCCCAGAAUACAGACCCAUCUCCACCAUUUUAUAAGGCAUUUCUGAUGGGUAAACCCAAGGCUCUUGGAGUUUUAAUCAUUAUUGUGUCCAUCUUUGAGAUUGGUCUAGGUAUUGCAUUAGCAAUCCUCGCCUAUACUAACACAGACGCUAGCGGUAUUUCUUUUUGGGGCCCCAUCUUUUAUAUCAUUGCUGGAUCUCUAACACUUUCUGCUUACCGGAAGCCCAGCAUCAAUUUGGUCAGAGGCUCUCUCUCCCUGAAUGUCAUCAGCUGGGUUCUCACCGUCAUAGCCGUGGUUCUAAAUGUCAUUGAUCUGGCGACAGUCGGAUGUUACGUUGUGUACAACAAUAAUGCAGGCAAUGGCAACAACAAUAAUGCGGGCAAUGGCAACAACAAUAAUGUGGGCAAUGGCAACAACAAUAAUGUGGGAAAUGGCAACGACGACGAUGAGAACAAUGAUCAUUACUACGGUGACCACCAUGGUGGCAACCAUCACAACGACAAUGAUGAGGACCAUUCAAGAAGUAGCUUCCAGACACUGGCACAAUGCGCACAAAGCCUUGAUGGCAUUUAUGUAAUUCUCUCUCUUCUGCUUAUAACGAAUGUGCUGCUGUGCUUCGUUACCCUUAUCAUCUCUGUUUUUGGAUGCCGGUCCCUUGCCGAAGCAAAAUCAACUGCCCCCCAGGUGUACGUGAUACCGAAUGAUGGUAUGAAGAAACCUGAUGCUUUUCCUGAAUUUCCUGUUCAACCCCCACCCUAUACAGCCACAGAAGUCAAAGCUACACCAACAUAUUAAAGGAAACCCAACACCUACAAACGUUAUGGCAUAAAUCACUUUAUAGGGGAAUGCAGCCUGUUGGUUUAUGAAUCAGUGACUUAUGAAUACUAAUUUGAGGAA